AUGUCAAGAGCAGUGUCUUCUUUUUGCAGUUGUGGCACGUUGGUCCUGUUGGAUCAAAUUAUCUCAACCCCAAUCAAGAGCAAAUCUGUGGAGAUUCACGGUGCCAUCGGGUAUCUUGUGAAUCAGUUUAUCAACUCUAGCAACAACCGUACUGAAAUUUAUGGUGGUUCCGUGGAUAAACGUGACCGAUUUGCGUUAGAGGUGAUAGAUGCUGCUGUCGCAGCUGUUGGUGAGGAACACACUGCUAUUCGCUUCCUUCCCGAAGGCGGUUUCCAGGACAUUGCCUCUGAUAAUGUGGAAAAAAUCGUGGGAUUACUUGGUGUCAGAGUUGCAAGAGAGCCAUCCUGGAUUAGCCUAUUUGCAUUUCAUCGAAUCUCGCGUCGACUUGCCAACGCCUAA